AUUGUUCAAAAUCCCAUUAAAAUCCGUUAUGUCGUUUAAAAGAUAGCAGCGCAAUUGAACAGCGGAAAGUGUAUUUUAUAUGUAUGUGUGUAUAAAAUAAUGUGUGUUACAGAUGACGAGUCUGUUUUCGCGGCGUGCGAGGCUUUCCGCAUGGGUGAUCGGCGUGCCAGUGACCCCGCCCUCUUCAAACACCAUGUACAUUACGACGCUCACAACAACAAUAACCAUACUGACGAAAAGAGGUUACAAAAACCGCCGUUCAUUAAAGCGAACAGCGUAGACCGCGAAUUGAAUGUGGAUUAUUCUGACGAGGAAACGGACAGAACUGAUGGCCACUCGGGCGAGGAUCAGGGCUUCGAGGAGGGCGAGGGUGAGGGAGAGUGUGACUGUGGCCCGUGCAGGAGACUAGCUGCCUGGGAGGAGCUGGUCGGAGUAGCGAUACCUUUACUCGAAAAGUUGCGACCACCAAGAGCAGACGCCUCUGUAGGCACGGACUGAAAUUCCAUUUAUAAAAUACAUAUCAAAUAGAAGAUCACAUAAAAAAGAGUAUUAACUUUAAUUCUUGUUAGUGAUUCUGUUAGUGAGAGAACGGAUGCUGGAAAAAAAU